AUGUUGGGCCCAGGCUUGCGGUUUGCGUCAAAUUUCGCGAGCCGCAAGCCAGCCCUGUUUUCCGAUCCCAUCUGGCGUCAGGCCCAAGCGAUGAUGCAAGAGCGAGCAGUUGUUCCAACCGCUGACCCGACAAAGCCAUCUCCUGUGCUUGCGCUGGGGAACUUCGGCGGCCGGGCCGCCGGCCAAGGGGCUCCGGGUCAGAACGACCAGAUCUCCCUGUUCUGCAGGGCCAGCGGAGUGGACCAACGAGCCGAGAUCAGCCUGCGUGGACUGCCAGUCCACUUGGCUGCCGAGAUUAUGGCUGGCGGGCCCCUCCUUGGUGUCAACAGUUCAUCGGUCUUGAUGGCUCGAAUCCAUCAGGCAGAGGCGUUGAGCCGUACGAAGAAUUUGUCUCUUGGCAACACUGCCGCCGUGCAGGCUGCACAAGCUUCCGGAUACUUACAUCCAAGUGUAGCCUGGCGGCUCAGUCAGCUAAACCAAACGCCUACCCGGUGCACAGCCGUGUGCCUCGGACUGCAUAUGAAGAGGUAUGCACCUUUGCAUGAGUUGGCCGGAAAACUUCAACUCUUAGAGUUGUUCGUCCCUGCCUGUGCGCAUGCACGUGUAUGUGCGCACAUAUGUGGGAUUGUCUGCAUCCGCUCACGAGCAAAACUUCGCAACGAACUGCAGAGCAGAUUGCAGUUGGGGGGAACAUCAUGCGAUUCAACUCGACAGUGA